CAUUGUUGCUUGGACGUGGCAGCCAUGACGUGAUUUUCUGAAUUUUUUGUUGAACCAGAUUACACUAUUAAUUAUAAAGAGAACUGUAGUUUAAGGGAAAUACGUGCAUUAUUCGUAACAGCAUCGUUUGCAAGCGGCUCAAUUAAGUGUUAACCGAGAAAUCCAGUGCGUAAUAUAAUUAAGAAAGAAAGUGUACAGUGAAAUUAAGAACGUUGCAAUAUUCCAAACAACAAAAAACAAAUCAAAACGUAACAGCAGAAAUCAAAGAGGACGACGACAAGGCACAGCAAUCCAACAAAUAACCAACCAAUCGGCAACAAUUAAACAAGCCACAGCCGCCGCAGUUGGAGCAGCAUCAAACAAUACGGUCAUUUGAAAGCUUAAAGCACUCCGCCCAUCGCACUUACCAACACUGCACUGUGAGCGAGAGAGCGAGCGAGCGAGCGAGCAACAGCUGAUUGGGAUAGUUGUUGUUGCUGCUGUUGGGGAAACGGCGCAGAGAGAGAGAGAGAGAGAGAGAGAGAGAGCGAAACUACUACGUGUGACGUGUGUGGGGGCAUACAGGUGGCAGAACAGCUGUUCCAACAACAAAAAAGCAAUACAACAAAGAUUCAUUAUUCUAGAAUAUCCCAUUACCCCGACUGCAGUUUUUCCAAGCAUAAAAAAUAACAAGUGGAGAGCAUCACAACAAAAACAACCAACAACAGGAGCAACAAACGCAUCUUCCAGAGGCACCCUUCCAGACGUCCAAACGUUCCACUUUGUGCGCUUCCUUCCUCCUUCCUUCCCUCCUUUACACACCCGUUUGGUCUAUCAUUCGGGCUGUUUUCCAUUAUUUUGCAACACUGGCUGGCCAAGCAUCCUGCCCACACUCUCAUCUAUCGCAUAUCGCCUCGCCAUUCAUCGUGCAACGGCACCAUCCAUAGAAGGAAAGGAAACAUUGGAAAUCACAGUUUGAACAUCUGAACAUCUGAUCUGAUCUGGUUCGAUUCGAUUUGCGGCUAAUUGCGCGCACGUUAUGACCAAUUCGAUUGCGUCAGCAAAAUGCCUGCCCAAUGCACUCUCGUCUGGCAAUUAUGGUAUGUCGCAAAGCCACCGUUACACCGAUGAUAGCAAGGAGUACAUCAUCGUCAAGCUCACCGACUCCGCCUUCCGUGCAAUCGAGGAAUACCAGCGGGAUGACAAUGCCAAACGCCUGCAGCCCGGCCAGCGGGCCAAGAUCCAGUUCAUUGGCAACACCGGCGUCAUACAGUUCCCAUCCCGACCCUCGAAGACCGAGGGCCAUACAAGCAGCAACAAUGGCAACAACCUACCUUCUGGCGGCAGCAGCAACACUGGCGGCAGCCACAUGGAUAAUGGAGGGCGUAAAUUUGGUUUCACCAUCAACAACAUGGAAGGUACCCUCGAGUGCGUACAGCAGCAGCAACAGAGCCUCGGCGUACUCGGUGCGGUCACGCUCCGGAUGCGGAUACAUGCCAACGACGAUGUCUACGAUACGACACGCACAAAAAUGGCCAUUGCCGAGGAGACGGAGAAGAGCAAGUGCAUACGGGAGAUCAAGCCAAAUCAGUCGGAUAUUGGGCGGAAGGUGAAGAAGGCCCCAUCAUCGUCCUCAUCCUCCCUGACGACGACGACGCCGACGACGCCGACGACGACAGCAUUUCAUCAUCACAGCAACAGCAGCAACAACAACAACAACAGUGGGAACAACAGCAACAGCAACAGCAGCAGCAGCAAUAGUUUUAAUAGCAACAGCAACAACAACAGUAGUCGUAAGUUAGGUACAUCGCCAUUUAAUGGUCUAGGAGUAGGAGGAGCACUAGGAGUAGCAGGAUCAGGAAUAGGAUCAUCAUCGUAUGCCACGUCGUAUGCGUCCGCCACAGCAUCACAGCGAUCGCCAAAUCCAAGUACGCUGGGUGGCAGCGGCACAGUCAAUGGCGGUGGAGCGUCGUCGAAUCGUUACCACAGCAACAACAACAGCAACAACUCGGCCUCCUCGCUGGCCUCUACAUUUGCCAAUGGAAUAUCGCAGGGCUACAACAUGAGCGGCAGCUCACCGAGGGACAGCCAGCCAAUCAACAAUAGCAACAGCAACCAUAUAACAACCACAACCUCCGCCAUAUCCUCUUCCUCGACAAAUGGGCGCAGCAAAAUGGUUAGUGGUGGUGGCGGCAACUCGAGGAGCGGCAACAAGUCAUCCGGUGGCAACAAAAUGUCUGAGGUGUCGCGGCGCACCAUUCGGGAGCGACUGAUCCACUUGCUGGCCCUCAAGGCCUUCAAGAAGCCGGAGCUGUUCGCUCGCCUGAACAACGAGGGAAUACGCGAACGGGAGCGAAAUCUGAUCACCAGCAUACUCAAGGACAUCAGCACGAUGGCGCAGAACACGUACAAUCUGCGGCGUCAGAUGUGGAACGAUGUGGACGAGAACUGGCCGUACUUUAGCGAGCAGGAGGUGCAGCAACUGAAGCGUCGCAAGCCACAGAAUCUGACGCCACCGAUGAGCUCCGAUGCGGGCAGUUCCACGUCCGGACAGAGCCCUACAUCGACGCAUACGGGGAGCCCACCGCCGCAUGGCAAUGGCGGUGGAGUGGGUGGCGGUGGUGGUGGAUCUGGGGGCGUUGGUGGCGGCAGCCUGAAGCGUACAAGCCUGGAGUACGACGAGACGAUGUUCAGCACGGUGCAGCCGAAGAAGCAGCGCAUCAGUCACUACAAGAAAGACACUCCGCCCUCUGCCACAUCGUACUCGUCCUCCUCCUCAGUGUCCGUGUCUGCCUCGUCCUCCUCCUCCUUCUCGAACCGAAACCGAUACACGCCUCCGCAGCGCCAAGGAGGUCCGCUGGAUGAUCACAUUAGCAGUGAUCUCAGCUACAAUGUCCUCGACAACAUGGAGGAGUUUAUGAGCACAACGGCGGCGGCUGCUGCAGUGGCAGCAACAGCAGCGACGCAACAGCAGCAGCAGCAGCACUCAAGGAGCAAUAGCAGUAGUAGACGUGGAAGCUCCUCCCAAAACGUUGGCAACGGCAGCAAGGAUAAGCGCAACUCAACCGGCAGCAAUUCGAGCAGUUCCAGCGGCUACGAGACACAGCUGGAGCGCAAUCGAUCGACGGCGACGACGACGGGAGGAGCGACGACGAGCAUGCCAGCGAAUCGCAGCAGUAAAUCCUCAACAACACCGCCCAAGCUGGCGACCAGCUUUGUGCCAGCAGCCACUGGAGGAGGAAAAGGAUCAGGGUCUGGAGGCAAGCAGCGUUCUUCGACGGCGCCCAAUCUGCCACUGCAACAGCAGAAGCAUCAGCAGCAGCAGAGCGACUACAACUCAUACAACAACAACACACAUGCGGCCUCCAACAGCAAGAAGCGUACGAGUAGUGGUGCAGGUGCAAGUGCAGGUGCAGGUGCAGGUGCAUCAUCAUCCAGCGACAGAGGGCAGCGUCAGAGAAGCUCAAACUCAAGCUCAAGCUCUGGCUCUUAUCAACAGGUUCCAACUCCCUCCUCCGCCAACGCAUCCCGUUCCGCAUCGGCGUCGUCCGUCCAACAGCAGCAGCAGCAGCAACUGCAUCAGCAACAGCAGCUUGAGCAGCAGCAGCAGCAGCAGCAUAGCCAUCAGCAGCAGCAGCAUCCAUCGCCGACACAGCAGUUGGCAGCGGCCACCCAUGCGUAUGCGAAUGCGGAUGUCGAUUCGUCCUCGUGCCCACGCUACGACUUCAGCCAAUACGUUCCCAUACGUUCACUGGAAGUGCGUAGACGCUACAAGACUGAAUUUGAGAGCGACUACGAUGAGUAUCGGAAGCUGCUGACCCGUGUGGAGGGUGUCCGCAAUCGCUUCCAGACCCUCUCUGAGCGCAUGGACAGCGCCCGGCGUAGCGACAACGGCUACGGAGACUACGAUCAGAUCAAGCGGCAGAUUGUCAGCGAGUACGAGCGGAUCAAUAACGAUCGCACCAUACGUGAGGAUAAGCAGCGGUUCGACUACUUGCAAGCCAAGCUGGCCCACAUUAAGCAGCUGGUUACGGACUAUGACCAGACAUUGAUCACAUUGCAGGCGACUCCUGCCCCAACGCCUGCGCCAGCGCCAGCGCCAACGCCAACGCCUGCACCGGUUCCUGCUACUGCUCCUGUGGAAGCAGCACAAAUGGCGGCACGACACGCGGAACAGCAGCGGAGACAGCAGCAGCAUCAUGCGGUUGAGACGAUAGAACAGCAUUAUCCUCAGCAUCAGCAUCAGCAGCAACAGCAACAGUCGCAGGAGCAUCAAAGCGAUUCGGAUAGCAGUUCCGAUAGUUCGGAUGAUGAUGAUGAGGAUUGCGAAGAUUCUAACUCCAAUACCGAUGACGAUCAGAACCGCGACCGCUACUGAUACACACACACAACUGCAACAACAUCUUUGAUGAUCCGCUUAGCCCUUCCUAACCCUUAACCCUAACCUCCCCCAUGUAAAAAGGCAAAACAAACAAACAAAA